AUGAGUGGCUUCUGAGUCCUGUGGUUUCCAUGUACUAAAGAACAGCAUUACAAAGCAGGGACUAGAUGGAGUUUUACCUGGAGAUAGAUCCUGUGACUUUGAAUUUGAUUAUAUUGGUGGCUAGUUAUGUGAUUCUCCUCUUGGUCUUUCUGAUUUCAUGUGUACUGUACGACUGCCGAGGAAAGGAUCCUAGUAAGGAAUACGCUCCUGACACACAACCCCCUGCUCAGUCCCCUAUCCGACUGGUGGUAAUGCAAAAUACUGUGGAAACACGCUGUGGCAGGGGUGCCCCUGCCAGCAUGGAGUGUAAGAAGGAACUGCCAGGAGCACGGAGCACUGUGGUGUAGAGACUUUCAGUGCUCAUUUCCUUUGUAUUUCAGCUGAACAAACCUGGAGGUGCCUCACUGGAUGUCCUGAAUCUCUUUAGUAGUCUGUGAAGAAUCUCAAUGUCCUCAAGGCCUUUCUUCCUGAUUCUGUAAUGUCAUUCAGAUAUAAAUCUCAAACAAUGGAACAAUCCAUGUCCUCCUCCAAAUCUUCUGAGACAUCUUACCACUGCGAUAAAAUUAUGGGUCUCUGUCUAAAGAUUCAAAGUGAAUCAGGACAUAAAUUACCUUUGCAGAUAUUAACAUUGGAUUUCUCAAACUUCAGACUGCGCCUUACCUAAGGAAGUUAGUUUCAAAAA